UGAUAAUUUAAAAAAAAAAAUUAGCCUAAAAGUUUCGAGAAAGAAUAAUUAAUUUUUUAAAUUACUUAUAAAUUUUGUUGCCGAUCCUAAUAAUUGUUAUGAAUGUCCAGCUUUAUAUUUAUAUUGAAAUGACCAAUGAAUGAUAAAGAACAUUUAAUCAUUUGCCCGCCUUUAUGAUUCAUAAAAAUUAAAAUUACACUUUAUAGUUUAAAUAUAUUUUAUUAAAGUUAUAAUACAAAAGCAUAGAUAUAAAUUACUAAUAUUAGAAAUAAUAGAUAAUUUUAUAUUGACAACCAAUAGAAAUUUAUUGAAUAAUUUGAAAGUGUGUUGUUUUAUGCCAUUAUACUUUUAUAUUCCAGUAAAUAUCAGUUACGGAGUAUACUAGAACAUUUUAUUGUCGGUUAGCAAGUCUUAUUCCGUUUAAAUUUGUAAGAUAAAAUUAACAAUUUCAAUAUAUUUAAAAUAUGUAAUCGACUUUAGAAUUGAAGAUAAGUAAAUAGAUAAAAUGACAUACUUAUAAAUCAGUCUAUUAAUUUACAAACAUAUUAACAGUAUAAACAAUGGAAAUUGCAAUGAAAGGCUGGCAUUCUACAAUAUUUUCUUUUAGGUAAAGCCUGACAUGAAGUCUAAUAAAUAUAUAAAAUUGCCACUACAUAAAUCAUGGUCAGAAAUAUCAUCAGACUGUAAAAUUAAAGAACAAUCAAGAUCUCAACCGGUAAAAAUAACACAAUUGCUUGAUUCAAAAACAAUUAAUCGCACUGUGCGCAAGAGAACAAAACCAGAAAGAUUAAAAAAAGUUCUUUCUAAUGAAAAGAAAAUAGGAUUAAUUCAAAAAAAUAAUGUUCGAGGAAAAUCACAGAAAAAAAACCUAAUAAAAACAAGUCUUCAUAAUAAACAAAUUCUGCAAAAUUCUGACAAUAAUAAAAAAGACAUAUCUUCUAAUUUAAUUAGACAUGAUCGGAAAGUACGGAGAAAUUUAAAUUUUAAUUUUGUAUCUCCAAAACAACAAAAGGAAAAAAAUACUAAUACAGUGUUACUAAAGGUUCAAGAAGAAAACAAAUCAAUUUGUUUAAAUUCAAGUAAUCGUAAUACAAAAACUUAUCUUUUACCUCCAAAUUUUAUAAAAAGUAUGUAUUUGAAGCAACAAUCUAGCAAAGUUAAGCUAUCACCUUCUGUUUCUAUCAAAAAUAAUAUGAUAACGAAUUUACACAUGCUUGAAGCUUCAGAGAACCUACAUAUUAAAGAUCCUAAUGUUCAAAUUUGUUCUUUUAUACAAAGAACGCAUGAUAAUUCACGAACGGAAGUUAAUUUGAAAUUACAAAAACUUUUACAAUACAAUUGUGAAAAUAAAAUAAAUACAUUGCAUAAUUCUAUUGAUAAUGAAGUGCCAUUAUCUUGUGAUGAAAGUGUAUUUAUAAGAAAAAAUAUUACAUCAAUAGAUAAUAAAAUAAAGAAAGAAGAACAUUGCAAUAUAAAUAGAAAUAAUUCUUCUAUAAAUAAAAGUAUUGAUAAUUUAAAAGAUUCAUGCAAAGAAUUAAAAAAUAUAAUUCUCACAGAAGUAUCGGAAAUGUCUGUAAAUGAUAAUACUGUAGGUUUUUCAGAGAAAGACCAUUUAUAUGUAAAUAGAAGUGCUAUUGUGUCUUUAAAAUCUUCUUUAGAAGACUUGUUAAAUAUAUUUCAAGAUAAUGCUUUAAAGACAGAUUUAUUAUUAAAACGUAUUAACAAAAUAUUGUAUGUUAAUACUGAUUCAAUGGAGAGACAGGGUCAAACUGUUGAUUCUAAUGAUAAAAUAAUGAGAGAAACUUUGCAAACAUACCAUGAAGAAAAAGGAGAAGAAAAUAAUAUUGAUAUUGUAAGCAGCAAAUUAAAGAAAAAUAAUAAUAAUGUAAAAAUAGAAGCACCAAUUGAAUUAAACGGAGAAGAGAAAGAAAAUGAUAUUUACAAAAAUUUAGAAUUUCAAUUUGAUCAUAACAAAUCUUUGCAACUAAGUCCACAAGUUCUUCAAAUUACUAUACCAAAUUAUGAUAAAUUUGGUGAGUCCGCUUUGCAAGAUUACAUAAAUUUAAAAUCAUCACUUAAUUUUUUAGAAACACCAUCUAAUAAAAAAUUCAAAUCAUACAAACAAAAAAAUAGAAAUAUUCCUAAAGAUAAGUCAUAUCUUUCUACCAAAAUUUUAACAGAAAUACAAAAUUUAUAUGAUGAAUAAGUAAAUGAGUAUAUAUACAAUAUACAUGCAUGCUAACAUGCAUCUAUACAGGAUGAUUUUAAACAAAUGUGUCAAUAUUUAUAAGUAUAUUCUAUACUUCAAAUUUGAAAAAAAUUCUUAAUAAAUUUGGAUCUACAAUUUUUUUAUUUCCUUGAUAAAUCACUUUUGCUUUGGCAUGAACAUAGUUUAUCGUAAUUGCACAAUUAAUCACAAUAAAUAGUAAAAGUAGCCUUUAUUCUUAAGUACACUCAGCAUCAUAUGAAUAAUUGUUUUACAUAUCUUCAUAAAAUUUGGCAUAUUCUGAAUUAUAUCGCAUGCAAUUUGAAUGCGUAUUUAUAGUUCUUGUUUGGUUGUUAACUUAGCUAUUUUUUAUUUAAUACAAAAAAUAUUUAUGUAUUCACAUCGAAACUUAAAAUCUGUUCAUCUCUGAAAUAAGAAAUGUAGGUUUAUGUUUAUUAGGAUUUUUUUUUUAUCAAAUUUAAGGCAAAUUUUAAAUUAUAAACACUACAAAAUUUAAUAUAAGAUUUCAUAUAUGUUAUUUUUAAUAUUAAUAUCUUUUAGUUCAUAUCAAUUUAUGUCGAUUGAAUUGAUAUAUAUU